AUGGCGUCCUUGGGUUUGCAGCUGGUCUGUCCUUCUGAGCAUGACAUUUACUUUAAUCUCAAUGGAGAUGGUUAUUCAGAGCCCCUCGUUGGCGCCGUGGUGCUUCAGCGCCAUGCUAUCAAUUCCGAUUUUACUCAACUGCAAGUACAUCUCAUGCAGACUGUGCUAGGAGAGAGCAAUCUUCCUGCUAUCAACCCUGAGAAGAACUUCCUGAAGCGAAUCCGCACUCCGCUUGGAAAGGUCCCACGACCAGAGACUUCAGCUACCAAGUCAUCCUCCAUUAUUGAACAAGUGACUCUUCCUGCAUUGUCGAUUGUUCAACUUGAAGCCUCAUCCAGUGGACGGGAUGCCAUCCCGGUUCCAUUUUCCGUGCCCAUUCCUGUUAAUACGCCCGGAACGACACGUACAUCUGUGGGGAAAAUCUCAUACACCCUUAUCGUCACUAUGACCACAUCACAAAGUGAAACAAUUAUUAUCGACAAAACAAUUAAUAUUACACGCCAACUUAUUCCAGAUCGGCAUUGCAUUCAGCAUGUACGGUCAUUCAGCAAGUCACCCGCCAUCACCAACAUUGCUUUGUCCCAGACCAUAGCAACGGACGCAAAGUCCGGAAUUUCCGUCUCCGCCAAAUUGAAUCUACGGAGAGGAUUGAAAGCACGCGAGUCCGAAUUUAGAUGUGCUGCCAUUCGAGGAAUCCACUGGCGUGUGGAGGAAGUGACCAGAUUGAUCGAUCAAUCCCAGAACAACUUUCAAGAUGCCCCGGAGGAGUUCCUCUGCAUACGUGAAUCCAUCCGUGAAAUCUGUAGCGGGAAACAAAAGGGUUAUUGGGCUACACGCGACAAUCCAUUGUCGAAGCAGCCGAAAUCAGAAGAUCAAGAUUCAGCCGUUGACAUUACGAUUGAUAUCUCCAUCCCUAAGAAUGCAAAGCUCGCUCCUAUGAUUGACGGGUCUUGCUAUGCUUCCGCUACGACUGAUUCCAUCCCAAUGCCACUUGAGCUCCAGGGCCGGUGUCCUGCGAGCCAUGAGAGCCUGGCGAUCUUGAUCGAGCACCGACUCAAGCUUGAAUUCGUUACUGGAGAAGACACUUUCGAUGUCCGUUCUAAGAAUUUGGUUGAUCGUAAGCCUUUGAGGCCUACACUGUCUGCACACUUUCCUCUUCUUGUUGGGGAGACAUUUAAGUGUGAUUUUGAGGCUAUCGCGUUUAGCAACCCACCGAGGUAUGAGGAAAUUCCGUUGUCGCCUCCGGAAUAUACGCAAUUUGUGUGA